CCCAACCGGGGCCUUCUGGUGUCCCAAGCCAGUUCUUAACCAUCGCGCCACUCGGCCGGCCCAUCAAUGGAUUUUUAAAUCACAGACUCAAAACUCUGAAUCCUUUUCUCCUAGAAUUGAAAGCCCCUCUCCCCCCCCAAAAAAAAAAGAAAGAAAAAGGCCCCACAGAGGCCACUCGGGUCAACCUCCCACAGAUUGCCUGUCUUGGAGGUGCUGAGACCCUCUGCUUGUCCAGAACAGGUGUCUUCGCUCCAGGUAGGACCCAGAGGUCCUCCUUCCACCAGUGGGACUCUUGUCCUGCAGCAUCAGCGUCUCUGUCAGAAGCUGGAAGAAGCUCUGCUCUUGGUGGGUGGUGGGCUUAAGCACAUCCCGGGUUUUAAAACAAACGAAGAAAACCAAAAAAGUAAAACACAGUUUUCAACUCCAGUUGGGUGUCAAGACAAAAACCAGGACCCUACUACAUAAAAAGAAUGUAAUAGGUGCCUGAGUAACUACAACAAAAUCAAACCAACAACAUGCAGCUUCUCUCCUCCCUUACCUGACAGUCCUGCAGACAUGCGAGGUCUGACCGAGAAGGGGCGUGUGUGUGUGUGUGUGUGUGUUUAGACGAAAACAGAAAGGGCUCCUUAAAACAUGCAGCUUCGUAAAAGUGCCCUGCCUUCAGGCUGCUUUAUACCAUCCCUUUUGCUGACUGUGCCAACCCUGUAAGCUUGGAUGAGCCUGGCACUGUGCUAGGCUCUUUGCAUAAAUCCAAGAGGGCCCAGAGUCGGGUUCCGCUACGGCUCACCCCAUCCCCACGCGAGGUUUCAGGAAGGCAGGAGGUGAGGCUGGGGGUUCAAGUCCCAGGUCUGUAUUCGUUUAUUCUGCGAACAUUUUACUGAGUCCUUCAUUUGUGCCAGGAACACGGCUUAGGCCGGAGGAGAAUGGAAGCCUGUCAGUCCCCAGUGGGAGAACAGAACCUGCGACGCCGCAGACCCCGCCCUGGGCCUCAGUUUCCCCAACAGUGGAGCGCUGGUCCCGCCCCCAGGGGCUGCGGGCCUCGGCUGCGGGCUCCGGCUGCAAGGACCCGCCCCGGUCCUCCCCGGCUUCCGCUGCCCGGACCACACCCUCCGCGCUGCACCGGAAGCUCCCGCCGGGCCGCGGGGAGGCGGUGGCGGCGGCGGCGACGCCGAGAUGGGGUAACCGAGACCCACUGUGAGGAAGUGAUUUUUACCUGAGACACUGGAUAUGGCAGAGCUAAAGCGCCGGGAACUUGCAUUUUUGGAUCUGACACCAGGACCCUGGGGAUUUCCACCAAGCAAUGAGCACUCCCACCAAGAAUUCCAGGCUGCCUGGAGGUCUAAGGAAACAAAGACAAGUCCCACCAUCUGUGGCUCCUUCUGCCGAUGUCACCCGGGGAGGAAGUAGAGGAAGCCAGCGGCAACCUGACAUUCUCUGACAGGGGAACUCAGACUGUGGUUCCUGAAAGUCCAUGACAUGGUUGCUUUUUCUCUUUGACUCGUUCUCUUGCUCUCUCUCACUCUAAAGAAUGACUGGACACUCCUAGAGCCUUCAGUCAGCAUCCAGGGGAUUUUUUUCACCACGAAGGGUAAUUCCUGCCCCAUUCCUGCUGUGACUCAGCUGUGACGUUGAACCACACAGGCCAGAGAGAAGAUAAAGUCAUCAGACUCCUCACCAGAGAGGGUGGCCCACGCCAGAACUCAUCUCUUCUCUCAGCACAGACUCUACCCGGCUGGUCCCAUCCCCAGAGGCGCUUAGUAGGGCCCCCUGGCCAGCGUGGGACCCUAAGAUGGCCUCUGGCUCAGCCAGCAGCCCUCGCCCAGCCCCCGAUGAGAACGAGUUUCCCUUUGGGUGUCCCCCCACCGUCUGCCAGGACCCAUCAGAGCCCAGGGCCCUCUGCUGCACCGCCUGUCUCUCUGAGAACGUGAGGAACGGCGAGGAUCGGAUCUGUCCCACAUGCAGAGGACAUGACCUCCAGUCUGUAAGCCCCGGAAGCCUUGUGUCUCAGGAGAAGGAUCACCCAGAGGUGGCAGUCGAUGGAGUUGAGUGCCCCUUUGCAGGCGUUGGCUGCUCCUUCAAGGGGAGCCCAAAGCUCAUGCAGGAGCAUGAGAUCACCUCUCAGGCCACCCACCUAAACCUGCUGUUGGAGUUCAUGAAACACUGGAAAGCCCAGCUGGGCUCUGGCCUGGUGUCUAGGCCCAUAGCUCUGGAACAGAACAUGUCAGACCUGCAGUUGCAGGGGGCCGUGGAGGUGGCUGGGGACCUAGAGGUGGACUGCUAUCGGGCACCCUGCUCCGAGAGCCAGGAGGAGCUGGCCCUGCAGCACUUCAUGAAGGAGAAGCUCCUGGCUGACCUGGAGGGGAAACUGCGCGUGUUUGAGAACAUCGUUGCCGUCCUCAACAAGGAGGUGGAGGCCUCCCACCUGGCCCUGGCUGCCUCCAUCCACCAGAGCCAGCUGGACCGUGAGCACAUCCUGAGGUUGGAACAGAGGGUGGUGGAAUUGCAGCAGACACUGGCCCAGAAGGACCAGGCCCUGGGCAAGCUGGAGCAGAACCUGCGCCUCAUGGAGGAGGCCUCCUUCGAUGGCACCUUCCUGUGGAAGAUCACCAAUGUCACCAGGCGGUGCCAUGAGUCAGCCUGCGGCAGGACCGUCAGCCUCUUCUCCCCAGCUUUCUACACAUCCAAGUACGGCUACAAGUUGUGCCUGCGGCUCUACCUGAAUGGGGACGGGGCGGGAAAGAAGACCCACCUGUCGCUGUUCAUCGUGAUCAUGAAAGGGGAGUAUGACGCUCUGCUGCCGUGGCCUUUCCGGAACAAGGUCACCUUCAUGCUGCUGGACCAGAACAACCGUGAGCACGCCAUCGAUGCCUUCCGGCCCGACCUGAGCUCUGCAUCCUUCCAGCGGCCCCACAGUGAGACCAACGUGGCCAGCGGCUGCCCCCUCUUCUUCCCCCUCAGCAGGCUGCAGUCGCCCAAGCACGCCUACGUGAAGGAUGACACCAUGUUCCUCAAGUGCAUCGUGGAGACAAGUGCUUAGGGUGCUCAGGGCGGGCAGGGCCGCACGAGCUGCACCUGCAUCCUCAGGGAGCACCAACCCAGACUGGGGUUCCAGCAAGAUGCCUGAGGUCCUGCCCUUGGUGCCCAAGAUCCCAGGGCACAGUGAUGGGCUGGGGCUGGCAUGACCUGAGCAGGGCUGACAGAUUGACUGUGGCGGCUGUCGGCUUAGGGAGGCGGGACCUUGGGCUGGGCCCACAAAGGCAGAGGAUCCAGAGGAGGUGGUGGUGGGAUCGUUGCCUCUGCACUGACCAGCACUGGAAGCCCGGGAGUUGCUCCAGCCCUGAAUGUUGAGGUGGACUCUGACCAAGAUGGGGAGGGAAUGGGGACCAGGCCUGGGGCAUGGAUGGUAGGCUAGAGAUGUAGGACCUGAGCAUGGGAAGGUCCCUACAGGGCCACCGUGGAGAAAUGCCAACAUGCUUGCUGUCUUCUGCCCAGGGUCAGAGCUAGGGGGUGGAAGAGACAGGGUGCUAAUGUGAAUUCAGUUUGUCCGGGUAUGGGAUGAGUUCCCCAUCCCUAGAGGAAAACAAGCAAAGCCAGAGGCUAUGCUGGGGGUGGGGGGAAGGUAUCAAAUUGGGGGUUGGAUUUGAAAACCUUCAACGUUCCUUCCAGCCCAGAAAGUCUCUAAUUCUAGGCCUCCUGGCCCAGGUGAGGCCAGGAGCUGCAGGGAUCCUGGGAACUUCCGGGUUCCUCACUCACCUUCAGUAGCACCAGGUGGGCUGAGCUGGCUCACACCUGCCACCCAGGCCUGGCAGCUCAGCGUCCGCACAUGCAGAGGCACACACGGACGGGCCCUGCGUCCUGGGCCUCCCCAGCCAAGCUCCCCUCCACGUCCUCCAGGUAAUGAGCUCCUAGGGGCAUCCGGAAGGAACGUGAAGAAGCAGAGAGGAAUAAACUCCCCACUCCCUGCCUGGGGGCCCCACCUUCCUCGCUCUCCAGAAUCCCGUGUCACCUGGUUAACCAAGGUAUUCCCUGCUCGUUCAUUUCAGGGCCUCUGAACCACUAGCAGAGGUUGUCCUUUGAAAUCUGUAUUAAAUCAAAGAAAGAAUUUUUUAA